AUGUUGUCUAUUGUCGUUAUCAUUUAUAUUUUAUUAAUUCAACAACCUUAUCAAACGAAUCAAUUAGAAACAAUUCAAACAGCUUUAGCUAGUACUGUCGAAUUACCCUGUUCAGUCGGUCAAAAUAUCGAACCGGCAAAUCCUGCAAAGAUCAUCUGGAUUCGUGAUGAUCGAGCAGAUAUUGUCAGUCUUGAUUCAGUUAUAACAGUAAGAGAUCGUCGUUUAAGUAUUCUUACAAUGGAUAGUAUUGAUCGUGAAGAACGUAUUUUACGUAUAAUUAAUGUUGAAGAACAAGAUCAAGGUUUAUAUCGUUGUGUACGUGGUGAUAUUACAUUAAAUGAAGUUUUUCUUGAUGUACUCCUACCACCAAGAAUCAUUUCUCAUUCACCGGAACAUAUGCGUAUGACAGUUCGCGAAGGUCGAAAUGGUCGAUUUUCUUGUACAGCAUCCGGUCGACCAGUACCCGUUAUUCUUUGGCAUGUCAAUGGUCUAUCGAGGCCAGCAACAGUUACAACAAGUAUGUCAUAG